AUGCCGCGGGUCGCCGCCUCGCCCGCCCGCCUCGCGCUCGGGCCGGCAGCGGCGCUCCUCCUCCUCCUCCUGCUGCUGCUGCUGCUGCUGCUCUGGGUGCCGGGCGUUGGCGUUGGCACGCUGGGCGUCGCGCUGCUGCCUCUGCUGGGCCGCCGGCUGCCCCGUCGGGGCGGCGCCCUCGCCGCCGAUGGGAAGGCCGUGCUCAUCACUGGCUGCGACAAAGGCUUCGGCCAGGCCUUGGCCAGGCGCCUCCACGCCGAGGGCUUCACCGUCUUUGCCACCUGCCUGCUCAAGGACCAAGGAGGAGAUGGUGCCCGGCAGCUGGAGCGCCUGGGACCCUCGGGGCGAAUGCACGUCCUGCAGAUGAAUGUCUGCAGCGAGGAGGAGGUGGCCAGGGCUCUCGAACUCGUAACCGGGAGCCUGAAGGGGCCUGAGCAAGGUCUGUGGGGCUUGGUGAACAACGCCGGAGUCGCCUCCUUUGGGGACGUGGAAUUCACCAGCGUGGAGAAGUACCAGAGGGUGGCUGAGGUCAACCUGUGGGGGGCCAUCCGAGUCACCAAGGCUUUUCUGCCCCUGAUCCGCAGGGCCCAAGGCCGCGUGGUCAACGUGAGCAGCAUGCUCGGCCGCAUGUGCAGUCCUCUGCGCUCUUCCUACUGCGUCUCCAAGGCCGGCCUGGAGGCCUUCACCAGCUGCCUCCGCCAGGAGAUGUACCCCUGGGGGGUGGCGGUGGUUGCGGUGGAGCCCAGCAACUUCAUCGCGGCCACCGGCAUCCUGACCCGGGACGGAGUCCAGUCUGAGGCCGAGCAGAUGUGGAGCGGGGCCAGCGCAGCCGCCCGCGCGGAUUACGGAGAGGCCUACUUCGCGGAGCAGGUCCGCCGGAUGGAGGGCUUCGUGCGCAGCGGCCUGAGGGACACCUCCCUCGUGCUGGACGACAUCACCGAGGCGCUGACCGCGCGGCACCCCUAUGCCCGCUACAACCCCAUGGAGGCCCACUGGUGGGUCCGUCUGCAGGCCUUCACCCACUUGCCCACGGCUCUGGCCGACUGGCUUUACGUCCGCUAGUCACUCGCUGCCCAUUGGCCUGGUGCCCAGUUUGGAAACAAACAAUUCCUGCCUUGCGUGGGGUCGGACUCUUGGGGUCCCUUCCAACUCUACAAUGCUGUGGUUCUAAGAUCCUAAGCCCACAUCUUGGCAGCCAGCCUGAGAGUCAUCCUGGCCCAGAACUAGCCACAAGCCAAGCCCAAGGGCCUCCUGAGGCUGGGGAGGGUGUCUCUAGGCAGCCCCUGGCAAAGAAAGUAAACUCAUCGGCCUUUACAUUCUUCUGGAGCAAAGCUGCUGGGUGGGGUUUUUU